AUGUCCGCGACGUCUCUUGACUUCUUACCACCACCAUCUACCUCUCCCCUCCGUAUGCCCACCGCCGACAGUGCACAGACCUUUCUCGCCGUUCAUGACCUCAGUGCACCGCCACACAAUGGUGCUCGUCCUCGACAACCGUCUGGACCGCCUCCCAUGUCGAUAUGGGCGCCCCAGCCUCAACCGUCAGAGUCGACGUGGCCAAAGACCUUAGAUUCAUUCUCCAGGGUUGUUGAGAAGGAUAAUCAUCAGCAGCCAUUGGGUUCGAAGCAGGUUUCCUCCCAGAUCAGGUCUCCUCCAAGUGCCUGGUCGACAGCGACGACGAAAGAACUUGGUGCUAUUGGUGAUGGGCGCAAAAAGAAUAGCCCCUCGAGUGACUUCGACGACGCACACGUCGAACAGCUGCUUCGUACGCUGGAUCUCAAUUCUCCCGACCCUUUCGCCCAUCAAAAGCCGACCCUGAAUCUCAGCUCCGAGACCACUCCUGGAUCCCCAUAUUUUUCGCCUGCAUCGGUUUCCUCUGCCCUACUCACUCCCACUGACCUCUCUCCUACUAGAUCGUUCGACGUCAAGCAGUGUCAGUCUCCGUACGAGCUUACUACCGGUCCACGGUCUGGCUCGUAUUUUCCCCCGGCGUCCUUGCUAUUCGAACCCAGCUCUCCGACGAGGCUCCAUCACAUCUCGGACACUGGCGCAUUAUCCCAUUCACCAACUUUCAGCUCUGCGCAGAUGCCAAUUACCGGACUUCCCUACCUACAUGCUCCUACCCAACUGCAUUCUUUACCUUACUACUUGAAAUCCUACGACCAUCAUGCUGCCGCUGCCGUCGGUAAUAUCGCCCCUCAGCCUUCAUACUCCAUCUACCAAGCUUCUCCGAUCGACCAGAUUCCCUCGCAUCUCUUCAAUUCUCAGCAGGCUCCAGUUUCACAUCGCCAGGAGACGGCGCCAAAUGUCUGUAUCAGUCGCGGACCCCUCAACUCCGGUGAUUGGAAUAUACCUCGGGCGCCUGUUCAAUCUACGCAACAGAAUUUCUCCGCGCAUUCUGAAUGGAUACGUUCGGAUGAAAAACCGAUGGUAAACGCUCUCGGAAUCAGCUCUGGAGGUGUCGGGAUCGAAGAACACUCCUCUGGACUCCGUUCGUCAUUUUCAUAUCAACAGUCGUCGUCGUCGUCGCCCCAACGCCAGUUAGCUCACGAGCCGAUCAACUUCCUUUCGCUCCUUCACCCUUCGUCUACACCCCCAUACCAUUCGUUUGUGUCUCGGAUCAUCAAGGCAUCAGAUCAGCAAGCCUCUAUUUUCUUGCAGCAGAAAUUGAAAGUAGCUGAUGUCAAUGAGCGCGCAAAGAUUGUAGACGCAAUUUGUGCUCGCGGUUUUGAGAUGAUGGCUCACAGGUUCGGCAAUUGGGCCGUUCAACGCUGCCUUGAGGCGGCCUCGACAGCCGAUGAAAAAAGAAAGAUUGUCGGUUGCAUGAAGGGUCGAAUUGUCGAACUUGCCACCAAUUGCUACGGCUGUCAUGUCCUGCAAAAAGCUCUCGACUGCGAGGAAGAUAUUCGCCUCGCCAUAGUUUCCGAAUUACUUCUUGGUGAUCCCGCUCAGACGCUCGUGAAUAAGCAUGCCAGUCACGUUUGGAGUAAGGUCAUGGAGCUCUCGUGGACUCCUCCCGCGCCACCAAUAUUUGCCUUUGUCAACAAGUCGCUCAAGGGAAAUUGGGCCGCGCUCGCAUGUCAUGAAACUGGCUCUCUCGUUGUUCAGCACGCUUUUGAAAACCUUGAAGACGCCGCUAAAGAUGGCAUCGUCGAUGAGAUCCUCAACCAGGGACCUUCCGUCUUCGGUGACGUUGCAAAGAGCCAAUGGGGUUCUUACUGUAUCCAACACAUCUUGGAGCACGGAUCCGACAAACAUCGUCAACUGACCCUUGACCACCUGGUCUCAGGUCUUCUUGAAUACGCAACGAAUGAACAAGGGUAUAAAUCUGUGACGAAAGGUUUGAAGGAAGGCGGUAAGGACACGCUUGGCAAGGUGGUAAAAAGGAUGUGUGAACCAGCCAAAGGGUAUGAUUUCUUUCGUCUGGAGGUGCUAAUGUUCAUCUCGUAUAGCGCUCGGCGUGCAAUGAUCGUCGACCUAGCUCUCUCAGUAACGGGAAGUCAGUUGAUUGCCAGCGUCUUGCCCAUGGCCGACAAGGACCAGCGCGCUCUGCUUUACGACUGCAUUAGAAGCCAUAUCGUUACCUUGCGUGGGUGCAAAACUGGCUCCAAAGUUAUCUGGUUAUUUGAUCGAAUGCGCGCAUACUAUGGCUACUGA